UGUUCUUCCUGAUGUACCAUGGAAUGCUAACCUCAUAAUUCAUUUUUCUCACUUUUUAUUAGAUUUUAAAUGUAUAUAUAUAUAUACAGCAAAACCUUGCUCACAAUUUAGAUAUUAUGCAGCAGCGGUUGAGUAGUUUCCUGGUUAAUAGGUGAAGACUGAAGACAAAUGGAUCUCAAUCUCCUAAAAUCAGACGAUAAAAAUGUUUCAGUUUGUCCGGCAACUGCCACCAUUUGCAAUGGCACAAGCUGUCUAUUGCCCCCCGACAACUUUAAUAAGAUCCUUAACACUGUCUUGACUACAACGAUCACAAUAUUGUUGGCUCUUGUCAUGUUCUCCCUGGGCUGCAGUGUGAACGUCAAGAAGUUUUGGGGCCACAUUAGGUGGCCUUGGGGUAUUAUAGUAGGUUUUCUUUGUCAGUUUGGAAUCAUGCCAGUUGCUGGUUUUGUGCUAGCACUUGUGUUUAAUGUCCAUCCACUUCAAGCUAUUGUUGUUCUUAUUAUGGGAUGUUGUCCAGGAGGCACUGGUUCCAACAUUUUGACCUACUGGGUGGAUGGGGACAUGGAUUUAAGCUUGAGCAUGACCACCUGUUCCACUUUAUUUGCCCUUGGUAUGAUGCCUUUGUGUCUGUAUGUAUACACCAAAAAAUGGGUUGAUUCCAAUGCCAUUGUUAUACCAUACGAUAGUAUAGGUAUUUCUUUAGUAACUCUAGUAGUUCCUGUUGGAAUUGGAAUGUUUGUAAACUAUAAAUGGCCCAAGCAAGCAAAACGUAUAUUAAAGGUGGGGUCAAUAACAGGAGGCAUUCUCAUUGUCACUAUCGCUGUGGUCGGAGGAGUAUUGUACAAAGGAUCCUGGAUUAUUGAUCCAAAAUUGUGGAUUGUAGGAACCAUAUUCCCAGCUGUAGGAUUCACAAUGGGCUUUCUCCUAGCCACCAUGGCCAAUUUAUCAUGGAGCAGGUGUCGCACAGUGGCGCUGGAGACUGGCAUGCAGAACGCCCAGCUAUGUUCUACCAUUGUACAACUCUCAUUUACACCUCAGCAGCUAGGACUGAUCUUCACAUUCCCAUUGAUAUACAGUAUUUUCCAAAUCCUAAUUGCUAUCCUUUUUCUAUUGGGUUACCAAAUUUAUAAAAGGAUAUGUGGCAAAAAACUUGCAGUAGAUGACUCUCCAGUGUCGCCAUAUGGACAGGAAAAUGACGGAUUUGAUCUUGAUGAAAAGCCAAAGGAUUGAGAGAGGUGUGGGAACUCUUAGGCCUCUUUCACACUACAGUUUUUUGCGUUCCGUAUACGGUCCGUUUUUUGCGUUCCGUAUACGGAACCAUUCAUUUCAAUGGUUCCGCAAAAAAACGGAAUGUGU